ACUUUGGACCAUUUUCUUUUGUAAAUUAAAUCUGUAAGGUAGUGUCCGCCUUGUAUUUUUAUGUUCGUUCGUUAAUAAAACUACGCAAAAUAAAAUUAUGAGAUUGAUUCAGGUACUCCUGGUAUUCUUCGUGGCCGCAGUUCUCAAAACAAGCACAGCGAGAAGUCUUAGUGAUACGGAUCUGCUAAAAUACACAUUCAACAAUAAUGGUCACGGAAGCUACAGUUUUGAAUACGAGACUUCAGACGGCACGUACAGACGCGAGGACGGCGGCGUAGUGAACGACGUGUGGGUGGUCAGGGGCGAGUACGGCUACACCGACCCCCAGGGCCGGAGGUACUCUGUGCUCUAUGUCGCAGAUGAUAAGGGCUUCCAGCCGUUACCUAGCGAAGGCGAUACUAGACUCAAUGAUAGAAGGAUUGUUUAGUGUUUAAAUAAAUAUUUUCUAAGUA